AUGGUCAUGUGGUAUCUCAUCACUCUUUUUUUGACUGGGAGCCUGACUUGUGGUGACCGUGUUCAAGCUCCUCCGUUACAUGUUAGUAUGGGAGAGGAGAUGAGGGCGGGCAGCACACUUCAUAAGAGACUACCUUGUUUGGAUUUUGUGCUUUUUUUUUCAGGUGUCUUCAGUCAAGAAGGAAAGAUUGACUGCGGUGAGUUCCGGGAUCCCAAGGUCUAUUGCACACGGGAAUCUAAUCCCCACUGUGGUUCUGAUGGCCAGACAUACGGCAAUCAAUGUGCCUUCUGUAAGGCGGUGGUGAAAAGUGGUGGGAAGAUCAACCUAAAGCAUCAAGGAAAAUGCUGA